UGCCCACUGGUGGACAUGUAGGGCCCACUCGGAGAUCCGUUGCUAGCGAUUAGAAUCGUUUCCGUUUCCGCUUUAAUGGCACAGAUGUCAUCAUCGGCGGCUGCUAUAUUUAACAUUUUUAUUAGCCACUGACCACCAGCAACUCCCCUCCCACAGACAUGGAAUGUCGCGUCAAUUUGUCUGGCCGGGCAUGGCAACAAUCUCGGCGAGCAUCUCAUCCUCAUCAUCAUCAUCAUCGGAGCAGCAGAUACGGCCAUCGGCAAGAUGGAGUGCAAGUGUCGCGUUGAUUUAUUAAUUAAGCAUUGGAGCGCGGCAGCUGAGCAACGCGUGGCAGCUGACGACGAUGCUAAUGAAGUACUCGCUGGAAAUUUUAAUUAACGAUCCCCGAUCCGAUCGCCAUACCAUAUAGCAUAGAUUCUUCUUGUGUUGACUUAUGACAUCACACCCAGAACAGCCGAACACCAGCUGCCAGCGAUCUUAUUGCCAGACAAACUGACGACGCUUAUCACAUAUGGACAAAAAAAAAAAAAAAAAAAAAAAAAAAACGAAAAACGCUUGAAAGCACCGGGAACAUUGCGCAUACGCCGCGUGGCCCCAAAGCUAACAAUUAUACACUAUUCACCGCGCCGCCUCCGGGCGACAUACAUAAAUUUCAUUCGCUUGGCUCUGUUCUUAAUUUGUCUAGACAAUGGCAAAGUUCACUCCGAACAAAUAUAAUAUAGGCAAAGUUCAAUUAACGCUCUUGUCACAUGCCUUAGUUGGGGGCAAAUGGAUACAAAUUUGAGUAAAGCAACAAAAAAGUAAUUUGCAUUUUGCUGGGAAAUCGUCUUGACUAACCCCCAAAUGAAUCAUGUUAAAGACUUUCGGAUGGAAUCUCUUAAUUUGAAGCAGAUGUGUGGGGGAGUUUUUAAACAGUUUUCAGGGGGAUCAAGUACAGGCAAACUUUUGUGGCAAUGAACUUGACUUGACAAUGGUAAUUUGGAAAUGGUGUUUUAGGAACAUUCGCUCAUUUGGAAAAUGUGCUUAACUUAACAAAAACUAUAUAAUUUUAGAACAAUUUUUUAUUUAUACUUUUUGAAUUUUAUACCUUUAGUUUCUAAUACGAAAUAAAACUUGUAAAAGUUAAAAACUAUUUUACAAUCAAAUUUGAUUUACCAUAGCUAUUAAGAAUUUAAAAUUUUAGAUACGCUUCAUAAGGUAUAGCUUGACCAAUAUCGCAUGAAAUUUACGGUCUGCUGCUAGAGAAACAUCAUAAAAAGGGAUGAACUGGGUGGUGAUUAGUCUUCUAGUUCUUGGAUUUCUCUUCAAGAUGACGGUGUCCCAGAAAGCUCCGUAUGUUUGCGAUGGAAAGGACGACAGGGUCUGUGACCAGUAUCGCUGUAUAUGUAGAAGGAAGACGUCAACAGAAGCGUAUCCGAGAACAGAUUAUGAAUUUUGAACGAGAAAUAAAUUAAAGGAUUUUCUCUGGGAUUAUAUUCCCAUAGUGACUAACUUCGGUGGCUCAAAAUUUGUAACAAAUUCUAAUUUCGGAUCUUUGAGCAGCUGGCGGCUAAGGUACAGGAAGGGCUUCUCCAUGUUA